UGCAAUUCUCCUUUCUCAUCUCUAUCGACACUCCGACCUUCUAACCAUUGGUCCGGAACCGAACACAAUCACUCAAUCUCAUGUAGCUCUUCAUGAAACCCCAGCUUCUCACAGUCUAAUUUUCCUAACCGUACUGAAUCCCUACCCCGCUGCUAAAACCAACCUCCACCGCCUACGUAUUGACAUUUCCCUCCCUGGGGAUAUCAACCGUUCCGAUGCCCAAACUAAGCACCAUCAUCUAUUACCUUUUCCAUAUCCCGGAAUUGAGAGCAAUAAUUCAAUGGAAAAUAUGGCACGAUGCACCUCAUGAGCGCGAUCCUGACAAGGAAUCGGAAUCACUUCGCCAAUGCUUCUACUACCUCGACAAGACGAGCCGCAGUUUCGCAGCUGUCAUCAAAGAGCUCAAUCCCGAGCUGCUCUCCCCGAUUUGUCUCUUCUACUUGAUCUUGCGUGGGCUGGACACGAUUGAGGAUGAUAUGACCAUUGCGCUCUCGGAGAAAGAGCCCUUGUUACGCGACUUCGAUAGCAUUCUAGAGAAGGAUGGUUGGUCGUAUGACGGAAACCAUGCGAAGGAGAAGGAUAGAGAACUACUGGUUAACUUCCACGUGGUCAUCACUGAGUUCAAGAACAUCAAACCCACAUACCGAUCCAUCAUCAAGGACAUCACCAAAAAGAUGGGCAAUGGUAUGGCCGACUAUGCCAACAACGCCGAACACAACAUCAAUGGGGUGAAUACGGUCAAAGAAUACGAGCUCUACUGCCAUUACGUCGCCGGCUUGGUUGGUGAAGGGCUGACGAGGCUCUUCGUGGAAAGCAAACUCGCCAAUCCCGCCCUGUUAGAGCGAGCACCAUUGCAAGAGUCGAUGGGCCAGUUUCUGCAGCAGACCAACAUUAUCCGAGACAUCCGGGAGGACUGGGAUGAUAAACGCCGCUUUUGGCCGAAGGAGAUCUGGUCCAAGCACGUUGCCAACUUCGAGGACCUUUUCAAACCCGAGCAUCAGGUGGCGGCUUUGAAUUGUAGCUCGGAGAUGAUUCUCCUUGCACUGGAGCGGGCGGACGAAUGCCUUUUGUACCUUGCCGGUCUUCGUGAACAGAGCGUGUUUAACUUCGCUGCCAUCCCCCAGGCAAUGGCCAUUGCCACGCUGGAACUUUGCUUCCGGAACCCCGACAUGUUCAAGCGUAACAUCAAGAUCACCAAGGGACAGGCAUGCCAAUUGAUGAUGGAAUCGACCCAGAACCUCCAAAUCCUCUAUGGGGCAUUUCGGGCGCAUGUCAGGAAAAUUCACACGAGGAAUGAUCCGAAAGAUCCCAACUUCUUGAAGAUCAGUGUUGCUUGCGGCAAGAUUGAGCAAUUCAUCGAGAACGUUUUCCCGUCACAAGUCCCCCAAGCCAAGGUUGGCGCUCUGGGAGGCAAGACGAUUACUGCCGAGGACGCAGCCAAGGCGAAAGCCGAUGCGGCCGAGGCGAGAUGGGACAGCAUCUACAUGCUCAGCGCUGUCUGCCUGACGUUAUUCCUGGUGACGGUUUUCAUGGUUGGUACUGCAUGGCUUUCGGGAGCGCGUUUCGACAUUGUCUUCAACGAUCUUUGGAACGGAAAGUUUUUCCCAAAAUCCUCGACUACCGUUUCGGCAAAACAGGAGUUAUAGAUUCUAUUCAACUGAACGAAGUAUAUGUCUAUGCGAAUUCCGUUGAGGUGCUGAACUAGCGUGGCACACAUGCAUUGAGUUGAUGACGUAUUUUCAGCGAGCCAAUCCCCCCUGGGGUAUAGAACAAGCACGGAUGUCAAAUUGCAAUCCAGCCCAUCAAUGGCUGUGGUUGUGCCGUAGAAGUGCUGAGAUGGAAUUGCAAUUACCUGGAGACGGGGCGGCUUGUCAAUUCUUCCUCACCGGUGGAAGGGUUGGUGAAGCGGCAUUGCAUACAUAUCAUACCGAUGGAUCGGUUCAGGUCGUAGACGUGAUGUUGCAUGGUCGAAGUAUACUUUGCUUCCGGUUGUGGUGGUACAGCUGAUGAGUUGAUGCUCUAUCGGUUGCAAUGAAAUACGAUUUUGAUUGACAUAGUUUUUAGACAACCAACUGUAUUAGAUAUCAACCAGUCUAGGGCUGGACACGAAUAAGGAUUUUGGCUAUUCGUAUUCGACUUUUCCCUG